AUGCAAACGUAUUUUGUUUGUUCUAAGAUGGCACCUCCUAGACGAAUAUUAAGACAACAAUUGGAGAUUUUAAUGGAUUUUUUGGAAGAAAAUAAGGACAUGUCUAAAGGUUUACCUCCUGGAACACCAGUAUCACAUCAGGCAACUAGGCAGAAGUGGGCAGCUUUAGCCAAGAAACUCAAUGCUGUUCAAACGGGUGCUUUGAAAACACCUGAUGGUUGGAAGAAAUACUGGUUUGAAUGGCGACAUAAAUGCAGAAGAAAAGCAGCUGAUGCACGAAGAUUUCAGUCCACUUCUGAUGGUGGGCCCAAUAGAUUUGUACCACUUAAUGACUUAGAAGUUAGAGUCCUACAGCUCAGUGGAAAGGGAUCAGUUACAGCUACUGUGUCAUCUUCUAAGCAAUUAGAAAACUUUAUGGCUGAAGAUUCUGAUCCAGAGCAAAAUACUUUUGACACUCACGUAAAAAGUGGAAAAGUGAAGCAGUCAAUUAAUUUAUCAAAAGCACACACAGAUGGUGAAGUUCGUUCUGUAACACCACCUCCGAAAUGGGCGUUAGAGUUAGAGGAGAGGAGGAUAGCAGCAGAGGAGCGAAUGGCAGAAGCAUUGGAGUCAAUUUCUGGUAUCAUGCGAGCGCAAGAAGAAAGGCGCAGUUUGCUAGAGGAUCGAGUGGCAGAUGCAUUGACUGCCAUUGCAGGCACUGUACAGGACCUCAAUAGUGGCAUACAAGAUGCCUUGCAACACAUUCAGCAAAUGCGUGUGCUAACAAAUGGACCUACGAUAAAAGAUGAUGUGUUUUUAUAG